GCCCGCUCAUGAGCAUGCUCUUGUCUGACAGUGAGACGCAGACACGCAUGAGUCGGCUUCGUACUACAAGCGCACUGCCGCCCUCGGCUUGCUGGCCUCGACGGACGGCUCCGACGCGCAGAUGCGCAGCCAGGCCUCGAAGCUUCUGCAGAGCUUCCUCACCAAGGCGCAGGCCAAGGCUACGGAGCAGGCGUGGACCGCGCAGGCCCAGACGGAUGUCGGCGUCGACACGGGAGAGACCUGUCCGGUGUGCAGUGCGAGCGUCGCGCUCAGUCUGCAGCAUGCAGACUUGGCAAAGUGCGCCAGCGGCCACAUCUGGUCCAGGUGCUCAGUCACGCUGCGCCUGCUAGAGACGGGCGCCCGCAGCUGCGGCUGGUGCGGCGCGCAAGCGGCGCUGGCGCCGCCAGAGCUUCGCGACACCGGCGAUCACAACGCUGCCGGCGAGGCGAUGGAGCUAGACGCACCAGAGCAGCACCAGGAGGGCAGCGAGCUCAGCGAGCUGAAGCGGCAGACGCGCUGCGGCAUCUGCGGCGGGCCGUGGUGUGUGCUUGGCGGCUGAUACUCCCGGUGGCGAGCCAAUUCAUACCCUGCACGACUCUG